AUGGUUGGUUCCAGAAAGAUGCAGGCGUGGCUUUCCAACAUUCACCAUAUCUGCACUGUGUUGCUUUAUGCGAUAUUCCAGCUGAGUCUAUUCAUGAACCUCUAUGUCCUGCUGAGUCGAGAGGAUACGAUUUUCUACCUGAGGCUCUAUCAUUUGAUAAUCGCCCUGUUGAUGUUCUGCUGUGGAUUGAUCGAAGUCGAGUUCCUAAUCAGAACACGAAAGUUGGAGAAACUGGAAGAACCUCAUGAAAUUCCUGUACCAGCUCUUAUAGGGGCUGUGGCACUGACGAUUGGCAUCGUGCUCGGCUAUCUUUACUUCAUCAUAUUCAACUAUGCUUUCCAGAACUGCGACAAACUCGUUGAUGCGAUCUACAGUUCUGAGCUAUGGUUGGAAUCAUGCUACGAUGUGCUAAUGGCUGCUUUUUCUGCUCUGUCUCUGGUCUACAUUCUUCAGCGCAGAUACUACGGUGCUAUCAAUUCAAAUCUCGAUAACACUUUUCAGAUCGGUCGAUUGUUCAUUAACAUCACAUUUUCUGUUGUGUGGAUCAAAGUUGUUGUUUAUAAAGGCUAUCUAAGUCAUCAGGAACUAUGUCAAAGAAAAGAACUGGAAAGCUACUGGUGCCCAGUGAUGAGACGGAAUUACGAGUGCUCACCGGCGAACGAUCUUCACGGCACGCAAAAAAUGUGGUAUUACAUCAAUAAGGGCGUAUUGUCGAGUUCAAUCAUCUCUUGUGCAUCAGAGUUCUUUCCUGUACUAUUGGUUGCCCAUUGGUUAGCGUGUGGAGGAGCAGAAGAGAAAGCAGAAGACAUCCAGCGGCGUGUACGAGGGCUGAUGCGGGAAUUCUUGAAGGAUAUAUCUCGAGUUUACACUGCGAACACUGCUAACAAUUCCCCACCACUUGUAAUUAGGAAAUCGUUGCUUUGGUUCUUUUGGGUAGCGGCACCCAUCACUUCAGUAGCUUGCGCUGUAAGGUGGAUGGUGUAUUUCUACUGGACGAUAGAUUUCGAUCACCUAAUGGAAAUGCACUGGGCAACCAACGACUAUGUCUCGCUUGUUGCUAACAUUCUUCAGCUCAUUCUUUUCAUUGCAUUCUACGUGUUCGCAAGAGGCCUGAGUAAUGACAGACUUGAUGCUCAUCACAAAGCUCAUGCGAGAGGAGACAUCGCUAUUUUGUUUGGCUGCUGUGUCAUUCUAUUUGUCAAGUUUAUUUUGCAAUCGAUUGAGGUGGAAUUUCAACGAAAAGAUGGCUUUGUCGAUACAGUUGAUGCAAUCACUCACGCUUUGCUUUUCCUUUUUCAGACCUCUCAGUGGCUACAGUACCUGUCUAUGCGUCGAAUUUUAGCGAUGUCAGAUCGCGACUGUAGAGCUACAAAACGAUUUCUGCCGUUGGUUGCUUCCGGUGGGCUGCUCAUGGCAUGGAUUCAUUUUGGGAUCACCUUUUUCGACACUUCUCUAAUCAAGUACCAGUUGACCGACGAGACCUUCAAUUUUUCACAGACAACGCUGGUUUGUAUGAUUUUCACCCAAACAAUCUUUCCUGCAGACUAUUUGUUCGCAUUCACCGUCAGUGGCUGCUAUUUGGAGCUCUUACAGCGGUUUCUUUCCAUUUCACUGAAUGGCCAUUUCUUUGGAGCUUUGUUUCAGGUUAACAAACGUUUCCAAAACGGUCCCAACAUUGCUACUAUGAUGCACGCGGCUAAUGUCAUGUAUAGAAAACGGAUGGAAAGCGACAAUGAGGUCUGUAGUUUAUUCCUAUUUCGUCAGCUGAUGUACGACAGGUAUUUUACAUAUCAGGAUGAUGUUGCCUAA